AUGGAUGCGGCCCGGGGGCCAGUUCUACCUGGACCAAAUGAUGGACGCUCGCGUUCACCAUGGAAGCGGAUGUAUGGAAGGCACAUGGUGGCGUCCAUCAAUCAAUUGGCAGAUAGUGCCUUGACCAUGCGCUCUUUUUCUGAUAUAUCGCGAACCGAUGAUUUUGAUCGAGGUCCUGGUACACCCGAUGUAAUUUUACAUUAUGGUCGGCGUCCUGGGAGCCGUCCACGCUCGUCUUCUUUGCUUAGUGGCAAGUCAACUCCGCCCGACGUUCCUGCGGUUCGAUCAGACACGCCUUAUCUGUCGAAGCAAGAAACAAUAUCCCUCGAACCCGUCGCAAGUGCAUAUGCAUCCAACGAAACUAGCCGAAACAUGCACCUAGUGAUGCCAUCUGCUCGACGGGCUUCUGGCAUGAUUUUGAAUGAUUGCAGUCCACCUCUUUCACCAGUGAAUGGCGAACGUCCUAUGAAAGGCUCGGGAGCCAUACAAGAAUUCGCUAGAUUUACUCCAUUCGACUCACAAGACCUUACAGUCUCGCCACAACCACAAGCGGUCCAUUUUAGCGGGGCACAAAUGGAUGCCUCGAAGCAUGAGACGCCGUGGCCUGAGUUAUGGAGCUCCCGUUCAAGACUGCCGAGUCCACCAAGCAGCCUAGACUCUGUGGCACCUUCACUUUCUUGGAGCCUGAGUAGUCCUGAUGAAGAAGCUGUAUCUCCCAAUGCCGAUUCAAAGUCGUUCCUGUCAUAUAAUGGAAUGAAUCGGCUAUGGAGUUUCUUUUCUACCUCAGGUGCGUCACUAGCACGAGCCGAUAUCGAUCCUAGUUCUCGGUCUUUUUCUUGGAACAUGCUGGCACCUCACGCCUUCAAAGUUGUACUAUUAGGUCUUCUUUUCUUGGGAGCUACGUUUGUAUUGGGUUUGUGCCUCAGUACGCUUCCACUUCAUUUCCCCACUCAUUUGACGAGUCUCACGCUGAGUGAGAUGCGCGAUAUGUGUCAAUCUUUACGCACAUACGCAUCCAGUUCUUAUGGCGCGAUGAUCCAUGUGUUCCUCGUGCUCACUACGUUCUUUGUAUGGAAGCAAGCUUUCUGUGUUCCGGGCAGUCUCAUUACCAACAUCAUUUACGGUGCUAUGUACGGUGCAUAUGCUGGCGCAUUCUUUGCGUCUAUCUUCACAGCGGUGGGUGGUGUGUUGUGCUACCUUCUUGCGGCGCCAUUUGCAGACCUUGUGACGGUCUUUCCUAAGCUGUCGAGACCGCUGCAAUCGAUGCGUGUCGCACUCCAAAAAGUGUCUACCAGCCAUGAUUCUGCCGUAUCAGGCGAUGACCGAAAGCAGAAGAACAGCCUAUGGACAUACCUCUUGUUUCUGCGCUUACUUCCUAUUGUGCCAUACGGUAUGAUGAACAUUGCAUGCGGUGUUCUUGCCGUUCCCCUCCUUCCUUAUGCCGUGACGAUGGCCAUCGGCAGUAUACCAUGGAACUUUUGCACUGCGCAAGUUGGUGAUAUCCUACAAGAUGUGGCCACGGCUAUUCAACAGAGCACUGCUGCCUCAUCUAAGCAAGCCGGAACUAAUGUUGCUUCUGCGUCUGGUGGGUCCAGCAUGCUGGCGUCUGGCACUCUGACCAUUCUUUUUGAGCGCAUUUGGACAUGGGACAUGAUAAUCAAACUCGUUCUCCUAAGUAUCGCGAGUGCACUGCCCUUGUUUUUACAGCGCUACUUGGAUAGCCGCAAAGUCCAUGAGCACGAUGCGUCUGAAGAAGGCACGAGCGGCUUGGACCCCCGCGAAUAA